AUGUCUUCAUCCGAAGGUCUCGUCCCUAUCAUCAUCAACCUGGCAGGCCAAACCAGGAUCAAUGAGGUCGUGCUCGCCGAUGAAAACGCCGAAUCAUUCGAGACUCUCGCAACUAGCUUCUACCAGAGCUUGCGCCCCAAUAUUCCCGAGUUCUAUCUGGAACAGGGAGAACGAACCAUCACGAAGAUGUGGGUGGAAUGGAACCCAGCUGGUGGCAAUUUCCUGCCCACGGAGACGGAGAUUGUGGAUGGAAAUCUCCGUGCGGUCCUUCGAUUGAUUGCUGUGCGACGAGGUGUGGAUAUGAUCCGUGUUUGGCUGAAUGAGAUCGAUUAG